UGAAGGAGACAUAAACUGGCAGACUGAGAUUUAUUUACCACAGGUUGCUGGGAAUGUCCACCCAGAAUGUGAUUUUAUGAUGGACUUGAAGAAAAAGGAGGCUGAAUGUUUGGAGGACUUGAAAGAACGUGGAAAUGCAACACCAGCAGGUUGCAAGAGAACUUGGGACAAAUUAUUGUGCUGGCCAGAGGCAGAUGCUGGAGAGACUCUUGCCUUACCAUGCCCAAACAUCCUCUUUCACUUCAUGAAGGAGCCAGCUGGGAUAAUAAAAAGAAACUGCACAAAGAAAGGCUGGUCUGACCCUUUCCCUCCCUACCAUACUGCUUGUCCAGUAGAAGAUGAGAUUUCACUUGAAGAACAAUCCUACUUUUCUACAAUAAAGAUCAUCUACACUGUAGGAUACAGUAUAUCCAUCACCUCUCUCAUUAUUGCUGUUACCGUUCUUAUUGCGUUCAGGAGGCUUCGUUGUCCAAGGAAUUAUAUCCAUGUACAACUCUUUUUCACUUUUAUCUUAAAAGCUAUUGCCAUUUUUAUUAAGGAUGCUGUCCUUUUCCGAGAGGAAGACAUUGAUCAUUGCACCUUCUCUACAACUGAAUGCAAGAUCUCAGUUGUUUUCUGUCACUACUUCAUGAUGACCAAUUUCAUGUGGCUGCUAGUAGAGGCUCUUUAUCUAAACUGUCUACUACUCUCAUCCCUUUCUCAUGGAAGAAGAUACUUCUGGUGGCUUGUUCUCUUUGGAUGGGGCUUUCCAACACUUUUCACCCUUACAUGGACAUUAGCAAAAUUCUAUUUUGAAGACACAGCAUGCUGGGAUAUUAAUCAAGGCUCUCCUUACUGGUGGCUAAUCAAAGGACCUAUUAUAAUUUCUGUUGCGGUCAAUUUUGUCCUAUUUAUCAACAUCAUCAGAAUUUUGUUGAAAAAACUAAAUCCUAGACAAAUCAACUUCAAUAACUCUUCUCAGUACAGACGUCUCUCAAGAUCAACUCUGCUUCUAAUUCCAUUAUUUGGAACCCACUAUAUUGUCUUCAACUUUCUGCCAGAAUAUACCAGCCUGGGGGUUCGUCUUUACUUAGACCUCUGCAUUGGAUCUUUUCAGGGGUUUAUUGUAGCAGUUCUCUACUGUUUCCUGAACCAAGAGGUGCAAACGGAAAUUGGCCGGAGGUGGCACGGUAAGAGAUAUGGACUUAUGCGAGUGUGGAGGAGGACACGGUGGACCAUGCCAUCUAGUUCUGGAAUAAAAAUGACUACAUCCAUGUGCUAAAGAUCUCAAGGUCUGGAGUAAUUACAUAUAAAAGCCUGAUUAGGAAAAAAAUUAAAACCCAAUGACAGAAAAAAUCCAAACUCACCAAAAUAUAAUGAUUGCAAUUUAUACUGAGCAAACUGAAGGAGAAUCCACUGCUACAACAAUUCUCCUCAAUGAGUGCCUUUUGCAGGACAAGCACUGCAGUAACAGAUUAAACACUGACCAUCCUUCUAAACACAAAAUAAUCCUCUUAUCGAUAUACUAUGCAUCACAAUAAACACAAAAAUCACCUCUUCUUGUGUGGCUCCAGUGAUUUUCAAAUGUAUGAUGACAUUCUUAUCUCUAUGUCUCAAACAGUGAUAUAACACUUCAUAUUACGACUUGUGAAUUUUGACUGUAUCUAAUGAAUUUUCUGGCUUGUAAAUAAGUCCUACAGUUCUGAAAUGGUGUUAGCAUGAUGACUCUGACAUUAAAUGGACAUGUUAGUAAUAGAUAUGAAAGCACAUGAAUACACACACUUCUUGGGGCUCUUGUUUUCCGCUUUUAAAGAAGCCUGCACUAAGGACUUGGCCCCAGAUCACUCAGAUGCAAGAAUACCAGCAGCCUGUCCAAAUAAUUUCCAUUGGCUUUCUAUCAUGUACAAUAAUUAUUUAGCUGCAUUAAAGUAUGUGAGCAACUGUUCUCACCUAAACAGGGCUAUUGAACAUUUGGUCUUUGUCCUUUUCUAGUCAGCUUUUUUCCAAUAUGACAGGAG